CUGCAGCUCUGCUCUGUCUUCUUCACUGUCAACGCCUGUCUGAACGGCUCGCAGCUGGCCGUGGCCGCCGGUGGCUCCGGCAGAGCGCGGGGCGCCGACACCUGUGGCUGGAGGGUAAACAGGGUGAGGAGAGUUCUAUCCAGAGGCAACGCAGCAUGAUGAUGAUACAUCCAGGACAGGGUACCUGGCUGCUCCUCGCCUUUGAAUGUGUUGUCUAAAUCAUUGCUUCCCAGUGAGCCUCCGGAGGGAGUGGGGCCAGCUAGCAGAAACAGCGGGCUGCACAAUAUCACCUUCAGAUAUGACAACUGUACCACAUACUUGAAUCCAAUGGGGAAGCAUGUGAUUGCUGAUGCCCAGAACAUCACCAUCAGUCAGUAUGCUUGCCACGACCAAGUGGCAGUCACCAUUCUUUGGUCCCCAGGGGCCCUUGGCAUCGAAUUCCUGAAAGGAUUUCGGGUAAUACUGGAGGAGCUGAAGUCAGAGGGACGACAGUGCCAGCAACUGAUUCUGAAGGACCCAAAGCAGCUCAACAGUAGCUUCAAAAGGACUGGAAUGGAAUCUCAACCUUUCCUGAAUAUGAAGUUUGAGACGGAUUACUUUGUAAAGAUUGUUCCUUUUCCUUCCAUUAAAAAUGAAAGCAAUUAUCACCCUUUCUUUUUCAGAACCCGAGCCUGUGACCUGUUGUUGCAGCCAGACAACCUGGCCUGUAAACCCUUCUGGAAGCCUCGAAACCUGAAUGUCACCCAGCACGGUCUGGACAUGCAGGUGUCCUUUGACCACGCACCGCACUCCUUUGGCUUCCGUUUCUUCUAUCUUCAUUACAAGCUCAAGCACGAGGGACCCUUCAAGUGGAAGACUUGUAAACAGGAGCAAAAUACAGAGACAACCACCUGUCUCCUUCAAAAUGUAUCUCCAGGGGAUUAUAUAAUUGAGCUGGUGGAUGACUCUAAUACAACAAGGAAAGUGAUGCAUUAUACCUUGAAGCCAGUGCAUUCCCCAUGGGCUGGGCCCAUCAGAGCCAUAGCCAUCACUGUGCCGCUGGUGGUCAUAUCAGCGUUCGCAACACUCUUCACUGUGAUGUGCCGUAAGAAGCAACAAGAAAAUAUAUAUUCACAUUUAGAUGAAGAGAGUUCUGAGUCCUCCACCUACACUACAGCACGUCCCAGAGAGAGGCUCCAGCCACGGCCAAAGGUCUUUCUCUGCUAUUCCAGUAAAGAUGGCCAGAAUCACAUGAAUGUUGUCCAGUGUUUUGCCUACUUCCUCCAGGACUUCUGCGGCUGCGAGGUGGCUCUGGACCUAUGGGAAGACUUUAGCCUCUGCAGAGAAGGGCAGAGAGAAUGGGUCAUCCAGAAGAUCCACGAAUCCGAGUUUAUCAUCGUGGUCUGUUCCAAAGGCAUGAAGUACUUUGUGGAUAAGAAGAACUACAAGCACAAGGGAGGUGGCCGAGGCUCCGGGAAAGGGGAGCUCUUCCUGGUGGCUGUGUCGGCCAUUGCAGAAAAGCUCCGCCAGGCCAAACAGAGCUCAUCGGCCGCGCUCAACAAGUUCAUUGUGGUCUACUUUGAUUAUUCAUGCGAGGGAGAUGUUCCUGGCGUCCUGGACCUGAGCACCAAGUACAAGCUCAUGGACAACCUUCCCCAGCUCUAUUGCCACCUGCACUCGGGAGACCACAGCCUCCCGGCGCCAGGGCAGCACCCGGGACACGUCAGCAGGAGGAACUACUUCCGGAGUAAGUCCGGCAGGUCCCUGUACGUCGCCAUUUGCAACAUGCACCAGUUUAUUGAUGAGGAGCCAGACUGGUUUGAGAAGCAGUUCGUUCCCUUCCACCCUCCCCCUCUCCACUACCAGGAGCCAGUCCUGGAGAAGUUUGACUCCGGGUUGGCCCUAAAUGAUGUCCUGUGCAAACCAGGGCCCGAGAGUGACUUUUGUCUCAAGGCGGAGGUGCCCGUCCCUGGGUCUCCGGCCGACUUGCACUCGGAGGGUCAGCAUCUGGGCCUAGACGAAGACGCGGAGGUCGGGCCCAGUGCCAUCGGCAGCUCGGUCCUGCAGCCCCUGCUGCAUGCAGUGAAAGCUGUCAGCACCUCGGGCAUGCCUCGGGACUCGGGCAUCUACGACUCCUCUGUGCCCUCCUCCGAGCUGUCACUGCCCCUGAUGGAAGGGCUCUCAGCAGACCAAACAGAAACGUCCUCGCUGACGGAGAGUGUAUCAUCCUCCUCAGGCCUGGGUGAGGAGGACCCUCCUGCCCUUCCAUCCAAGCUCCUCACCUCUGGGGUGUAUAAAGCAGAACCUGGUUGCUACAGCUACACUGGUGAACUCUACACGGCCGCCCCUUUGUAAUGAAACUGAAGAGUCUAAGCAUUGCCACUUUAGCUGCUGCCUCUCUCUGGUUCCCCAGCUCAUCUCUCUGGUUGGGUAGCCCACUUGGAGCUGAGGUCUCCUACCAGGAUGUUUGGAGUGAAAUUCAUGCCAGUACUUGUUCUCCUUGCCCCUACUCUCUAACAUAUCUUGGCAAAGUCUUCGAUUUUCUAAAACCAUGUGGAUCUUUGAAAGGCAUGUCCAUAAGAUCUGACAACAGCUUGCCAUGUUAGGUCAGACCUUGGAUUAGAGCCAGUACUGGGAGGUAGGGAGGAAACAUGUAAAGAGGGACAGGAAAAUACCUGCACUGAUUGUUCAGACUUAAUUUAUCUCUGCAGACUUUGCCCAUUCACUGUUGGCUGCUUUGAUUUGAAAUGCUUUGUAGAAAAAGCACUUUUAAUGCUAUUACAACCAUAGAAAUCAAGUGUCAGUCUAUCUGGAAUCCAUGUCAUUAUAGAUAUUACUGUCCAUUUUUGGUGUGGCACUUAUGAUGCCAUGGAUGUGAAAAAAGGCCUAGAAGAUGACUGAAUAUAUAAUCACCUUUCAUAAAAAUGAGUCUUUAUGUAUUAAUAGGUGACAUGCUGGCUGAGAGGGGGCGAUUGCAGGGCCAGGACAAUCAUCUACGCCACUUUUUCUGAGAUGGGUUGGUCAACAUGCAAUGACACCAGGGCUUAGCAGCCAGGACCACCUCCUGGUUUGAGUAGGCAUCAUGUAAGGGCCAGAUCUGGCUGCCAGGCUUUCCUGGGCUACAUUUACUGCACUAUACCUCAGAUGUUGGUGUCUGGAAUUUUAUUUUUAAGAGACUGAUUGAUACAUGACUGGGCUGUAGUACUGGAAGUUGCAGUUCAUGUGUCUGUUGGCCUCUGGUCUAAAGCUGUGUCUAAAAUAUUUGGGGUGAGAAUCCACUGAAGUACACAGUGUUGGAGAUGGUGGCCAUUUGAUCUGCUGAACUAGUUUUGACUAAUGACAAGCCUCUUUUUAAGAAGGUGAAAAGGAGGGGACUGUCCCAAAGAUGAAUGUGCUCUUCAAAUAUUGUCUAAAGAGGACAUGGAACCUGAAAUCAGUAAAUUUUUGAAUCUUAAAGUAUUACCCCCACAACCAAGCCUGUGACUCAUGUUUCACUUUGUGUUUAUAUUGUACUUACCCAAUGAAAGAUUUGUCUCUUGUGCUCCGUCCUACUAAAAACAGCUAUUCAGAGUUUAGGAAAGAAUUUUCUAUAGAAAGAAAAUGUAAAUGUUCUGUUUUUAUGAAUGGCUUCUUCUACAGAAUUCCUGUUUCCAAAGGGGAAACAGUUGUUCACUUCUCCUCCCCAUGUCCUUCUGGGAAUGUGAGCAUCCUUUUCCACCUUUUUCAUAGGAGUUGUUGGCUUUGACACCCUCUUUUCUCAGCAUGCACACCAGGGACCAUGGUUUUGACUCCAGCAAUGUUGAAGGGGACACAAGGAACAUCCUGAGGAGGAGUGGGAGGUAGAAAGGGGCAGGAUUUCUCUUUCCAAGCACAUGCUUGGCAGGUGGGGGAAGGUUUACAGUCCUCCUGGAAAGAAGAGGUUUGUGUGCAUUUUUAAUGCAAAUGCUGUAUACCCUGCUCUGUGAAGGCAGCUGGCAGUUUCCUGGAAGAAGAACGUGAUUGUCUGUUCUCUGGCAUUGAGUUUCCUGCAGCUGCUCUGAGGGAGAAACAAGUGAGCAGCAGAACUGCAUGCCCCAGAAAACCAGACAUCUUGUUGGAGAAGAGACAUUCCAUGUUGUUGCCAUGGAAUACAGGACUAGCAAAGAGCUCCUGUCCACAUGUGACUGUCUUGCCAUUCCAUCCUUGGCAUGCAUUCUGUGAAGGAGAUUGGUCAGUUCAAACUUGGCCAACAUACGAAAAUUCACUUUGAAACAUUAUGAGAGAGAUUUCUUAUUGAGGCUAAAUGGUGCGUGCCCCAAAGGAAUGAGUAAGAGCCACUUUUAGGAUAGAUGUUCAGCUUCACAUGUGAAAUAAGGCAUCUCUGAAAAAGCAACCCCAGUGACAGCAUGGUGGACUGGGGAAGGGGAUCAUCAGCUGGGCUUCAUGGGCAGAGAUUGCUAAAUGAAUUCACAUAUGAAAAUGAAAGGGAAAAAGGUACUAGUCCAAAAGUCAGCUAAUGUUUUAUUUUGGAUUUAGGGUUUUGGUAUUUACUUUGAAAUGCUAAUGUUUGUGAUGUUCAACAAAAUCAAACUGAUGUACCAAGUAAUGAAACCAUAGUGUGAAUGCCUAACUCAGUAAGUUGAGAAGUCCAACUUCCUGUUUUCUGUCUUACUGGUUUCUCUUUUUUUUUCACCCUCCCCAUCUCAUGCUGGGAAUAGAAAUAAUUGCUUUAUAGGCAAAGAAUGUGUUUAAGCAGUGCUCCAUAUUUUGACUCAGACAUUGUUCCAGAUAAUGGAAAUGAUAAGCUGGAAUUAAGAUCAAGGUUCUGUAAGUCACAGGCUUUUAAACAAUGGGGAAACAAGAAAUAGAAUAUAGGGAUGAUCUCAAUGAGUCCCUGGUUUUGAGAGUCAAGGGCUUGUAUAGGUAAGUUAGAUGGUGUCCUCUGGACAGGAAAACAAAUGUAAAUCCAAGGUUCCAGGUAACCAAGAAGCCUGCAGGUAGUUGAGGGUAGGGAGCUGGUUGUUUAUCUUAACUCAUCAGUACCCUACAGAAAGGACUUAGCACUUGACGCAGUCAGCUUUUCCAGGAGAGUGAUCAAGGAGGUAAAAUCCCAGGUCAAGGUGAGCUCUUUCAGAGAUCAACUACAAGCAACGGUGACCGUCUGGAUGGUCCCAGUACAGCCACAUAAUGGGCAGAAGAAACUCCAGAGAGCCCAGUCCUGGGCCUUUGAGCCACACUGAUCUCUAGAAAGAAUCAGAAGUUCAUUCAGGUCCAGGCCCUGGUGGGAGACCCAGCCAAGUAAUGGUUUAGGGUUGGCCAAAAAGUCCAUUAAUGUUUUUUCCAUAUGAUAACUCUAGUAGUGCUUAGUUGCCUUUAACUUCACUUGAAACUGUUUUGUUAGAUUGUAUUGUGACAUUGUCAU